ACGAGAGCAACAGUACUGGAAGGAGGAGCUCCUCAAGCAGGGAGUGCUUGAAGAGGAGCCCAAGGAGCCCGAAGGCAGAGGGCUCUGACUCUGUGACAUCUCAGUCCUCACCCAGUGAAGAAGCUGGAAUGAUGACUGAGGUGAAAGUGAAAACAGAGGUACCAGAUGACUAUAUUGAAGAGGUGAUCUGGCAGGAUGACACCAAAGAUUCCAAGAAGAACAUAAAAGAUGGGCCGGGAGAUGUCCCUGCAGAGAUCUGUGUGGUCAUAGGUGGGGUUCGCAACCAGCAGACACUCGAAGGAAAAGCAGUGGAACAUGGCUCUCCAGCUGGUUAUACACAAAAUGGAUAUUCAGAGGCCUGGAUUUUUGACCAUGCAUUGAGAUACACGUCUGGGUCUUAUGAGUGUGGAAUAUGUGGGAAGAAAUACAAGUAUUACAACUGUUUCCAGACCCAUGUGCGAGCGCAUAGAGGUUUGGAGCUGUAG